CUGGGUCUUGGAUGUUUAUCUAUACAAGUUUUUAUUAUUAAAUCUAUCGUAUACUAUCGUUGAGUUAGUUGUCUAAGUAAUAAUAAUAAUAAUUAAUGCCACAUUGUAAAUAAAUAAAAGCGUAGUAAAAAAAGGGUCAACUAUUGUCAAUGUCUUGUCGUCAAAAUUCAAGCGCUCAUCUUGUCACUCUGUCACCUGUCUCCUCCCUCUUGCUUGUUUUGUUGAUUUUGUGGUGGUUUGAUUUUAGUUUUGAAUCCAAGUCCUUAAAAAAUAUACACAUUCUAAGAUCCAACUAAUAACUAAAAAAACAAAGAAUAGAAUUAAGAUGACAGAAUACUGGAAGUCCCAAUCCCGCAAAUAUUGUGAUUUUUGCAAGUGCUGGUUCGCUGAUAACAAAGUUUCAAUAUCCUUCCACGAAAAUGGCAAGCGGCACAAAGAGAGCGUACAGAAACACAUAUCGCAACUUAGUAAGAAGAGCGCUAAAGAAUUCAAACAGAAGGAGAAGAUGGACGACGACAUCAAGAAGAUGGAAGCGGCAGCCAUGGCGGCUUACUUGAAAGAUGUACAGAAUAAUGCGGACCUCACGUCACAGAGUAUAAAUGAGAUGCUGGUACAAAAUGGCGGUGACACGAAAGACCUUGCCGUGGCGUCGAGCAGUAGCGUCCAGGGAGCUCCCGUCUGGCACGAGGUCAAAGGGGAAGAUGGCAGUUCGUAUUUCUGGAAUAAAAAGACCAAUGAAACUACAUGGGAUCCCCCUGACGAAUAUCUGUCUAUUGCGCAGCAGGAAGAGAAGAAAUUAAAGAAAGAAAAGACCAAGGAUAAAGAGAAAAAACAAAAACACAAGGAGAAAAUGAAAGAGGUGGAGGCUCACGUGGCGCGGGAGAAGAUGAGGGAGCUCGCCGCGACACAGGGCACCGCAGCGCGGCCCGCGCGCCGCACAGAGCGCAGCACAGAGCACGGCACAGAGCUCGGCCCCGCGCCGAGACCGGUUCCCUAUGGAUCGUGGACUCCUGUGGUGCAACAGCCUUCAGAAAGCGUAGACCUCCAACUGCCGCAGACUUUGAAGGAGCCCCCGCCCGUGGUGGUGGAGCCCGAGCGCGUGCGGUUCUCUGAGAAGCGAGUGGAGUCCCUGGGGGAGGGGCCGGUGCUCUUCAAGAAGAGAAAGCUACACGCGAGGAAUGCGAGGCAGAAACUUGAUGAUGAUUAAAGAUUUAUAAAUAU